AUGAAAAGAAAAGCAACUCCCGUUCCUGUACAAAGAGCCCUAUUUAGGCCACUGUUUUUUUAUGUCUCUGCCGAAGAAUUUACACGUCUACAAAAUGUCAUUUUUUCUUCGUUCAUUACAACACUUGACUUCAGCCUGUGCCCUUCCUCAGAGGCCACCCCACACCCUUUCCGUUCCACCCGUCUGCUCUAUUCAGCCGAACAAGCUGAAGAAAAUAAUCAUCACGUUUUAAUUCAUUCUGUCAUAACAUCUCUCUCUCUCUCUCUCUUUGUCUUUCUGCUUUUCUGUCUCUCCUUGUUUAUCUCUCUUUCUCACUCCUUUUUUUCAAUCACUUUCUCUCCCAUCCUGUCUCACCUUUUCUAUUUAUCUCUCCUUCCCUCCUACAUCACUUCCUCCUCCUUUUCUACAUUAAUUUCCCCUUUCCUUUUCUGCAACACUUUCCCCUUUCCUUUUCUACAUCUCUUUACCCAUCCUAUUCUCUAUCUCUUUCCUUUCUCUUUCUUUCUCGAUUUUGCCUCGAUUUUAUCUAUCCCCUUCUCCUUUUUCUUGAUCUCCUUUUCUCUCAUUUACUCAAUCUCUUUCUUCCUUGUUUCUUGUACUUCUUUCUCUCUCCUUUCUUGCACUUGUUUCUCACUUCAUCUUUGUCUGUCUCCUUUUUUCUCUCUUUUUCUCUCUCUAUUUCUCCUCUUCUUAUCACUUCCUUUCUCCUUUUCUGUAUCUCUCUCCUCCCUAAUCUUUCUCUUUCUCUCUCCUUUCUCGGACUUCUUUUCUUUCUUUCUUUUCUCUCGUUCUCUCUUUAUAUAUAUAUGGUUGAAGAAUGAUACUAUUCCCCAACACUUUGGGAGAGAGAGAAAAUCUAAUCCUAAAAGCGAUUCUGUCUGUCUGUCUGUCUGUCUGUCUAUCUAUCUAUCUAUCUAUCUAUCUAGCUAG